GAUGCGAGGCGUAGCAAGCCCGAUAGAGUUCACUGGCUGAGGGAGACAGCUGUGUGUCUUGUUGGUUUAUAUGGGGGGACUGUCACCAUGGGAGGAAAGAAAUCUAAAUAUCAGAGCAUGGAGGGUAAAUGCACAACAGCCAAAGAUGAUGCUUCUGAAAAGAAGGGGGCGGAUCCAGACCCAAUCGAUUACGAGAAGCUCUAUUUCAAGGCCGAAUUUACCGCCAUGGACAAGGAAUACCGCGGGAAAUUGACCACGGCGGAGUUUGUCAAACUGAUGAUGUUUCUGGGAUAUGGAGAGAGGUGGAAAGUGGAGGAGCUGCUUAAAUCUAUCAAUAUCGAGGGAGAUGGAUUUAUUACUAUUGACGAAUUCUACGACGCCAUGAGCCGCCCUGGUGUAAAGGACGGAACAUCAAGGUUACGAAAUAUCUUCUUUAAGUUUGAUGAUAACAAGGAUGGACGCGCGACAAAGGAACAGAUACUUCAGGGGUUCAAGGACAUGGGGGUCGAGGUCGAUGACGAAAUAAAGGACAAGGUCAACAAACUGGACACCAACAAUGACGGCAAAGUGGCUUAUCAGGACUUUGUCCAGAGUCAGCUGGUGACGAAAGGUGUUCUCCACUAGCGGAAGAAAUCUCCACUAGGGGGAGAUAAUCAGCUACUGGCAGACAUUGAGUUCAGUUAUUGCAUUUGGUGGUUAAGGGAAGGUGAGCUCUACUGAGGAAUGACGAAUUGGAUUUUUUUAUGAAGAACAUUAAUGUAACAAGACUGGGAUAACUCAGAGUUGAUCGAUGUAUUCAUUUACUAUAUCUUUUUACUUUACUAUAUUUAUUUCUUUAUUUAUAUUUUAUCUACUUGAGAGAGUUCUCUACUUUUGAUUGAUUUCAGUAUUUGACAGCUUUAAUGAAUAAAAUGUGCAAGUUUUAUCAA